ACUGUGCUCCCUCUCUUCCUACGCUAUCGACUAUGGCAGAUGCUCUGGGGAUCGCUUCCUCCAUCAUCACCCUCGUCGAAAUCUCUCAUACUAUUGUCGGAUAUCUCAAGGAUGUCAAAGAGGCACCCAAAGAACGCGACAAGCUCUCCAAGGAGCUCUCGAAUCUCGCGAUUUAUCUGGAAACGGUGAAUAAGCUCACCCAGACAGCCGACGCAGAUGAUCCAUGGCUUGUAACAGCGCAAAGGCUGUCCGGUCCUUUUAUGCAACUUGACGUACUACUCAAGGAUCUCAAGAAGAAGUUGGAGCCUGCAUCAGAUGGUAUGGGAAAGGUGAAGCGGAGAUUGCUGUGGAAGUUUACCAAGGAGAGCGUAGAAGAUGUUCUGAAGAAGAUUGAGAGGAUCAAGUCCCUGGUGAUUGUCGCCGUACAGCAUGAUCAUGCGGCUUUAUCUCGCGCGAUCAACAAAUCCUUGGCGAUCGUUGACACGAAGGUUGACGGCAUUUCGGAUAAUACGAAACGUAUCGAGCGCGAUGUCAGUUUUGUAGGCAGAAACAUCAUCAGGUUCAGUAACCAAGUGACGCAAAUAGAUGGCGAGAUAUCACAUGUCCGAAAUCAGAUAGAGAAGAACCAAGAUGAUAAAAGACUUAUGCGUGUAAUCGCUUGGCUCACUGACUUGAAUUUCAAGUCCGUACAAGCCGAGAAGCUGAGUCUGCGGGCGGGGGAUACGGGGCGCUGGUUUCUUGAGUCCGAACAGUUCCGAAAGUGGGUAGACGGUUCGGUGAGAUCGUCAUGCCUUUGGUGUCCCGGAAAUCCGGGCGUUGGAAAAACCAUCCUGUCCUCGAUCGUCAUCGAUUAUCUGCAGUCGCUGGACUAUGAGGAAAAGACGCUCAUCCUGGGUAUCUUCUGUGAUUACCAAUCUGUGGCCACACAAACCAUAGCCAACCUUUUUUGUAGCCUCUUGAAACAGCUGGUUCAAGACCACGGCCUCACUUCCUCGAUCACAUCACUCUACAAUGAGUUCUAUCGUAAACAAACACGUCCUUCCAUUGAUAUCCUUACCAAAAUCCUUUCACAAGAGCUGGAAUCGUUCCAUCGUGUUUACAUCGUUCUUGAUGCGCUGGAUGAGUUUUCUGACAACAACGGAGGGCGAAAAGAGCUGAUUGAUAUGAUCAAGUCGUUAGGCGCCAAUAUACAUCUCUUUGUGACGUCGAGAGACAUCACCACGAUAGGAACGUUGUUUGAGGAAGAUACUAGGUUGGAUAUUCGAGCUUCCGAUGAUGAUAUCAGAGCGUGUAUCGCCACCAAGCUCUCUUGUGGCCGUCUUGCUGGCCUAAUCAAGGGAAGAGACGAUUUGCAUCAGGCAAUACUUGAUGGAGUGACAGAGAAGGCUGCCGGCAUGUUCCUUCUAGCAGGCCUGCAUAUCGAUUUACUCUCCCAGUCGACAACCUCAAAAAUACUUCGAGUCGCACUCAGAAAACUGCCAGACAAUAUGGCAGGUGCAUAUGACAAGACAUUGGAGAGAGUUAAUAGUCAAGGCGAGCAUGAUAGAGACCUUGCAUAUCGUAUAUUUGGCUGGAUAGCCUUUGCUGCACGCCCUUUGACUGUGUUGGAACUACGGUACGCAUUGGCUGUGGAACUGGGAACAACGACCCUAGACCCCGACAAUCUCUGUAAUGAAGACGUUUUGGAGAGCAUCUGCGCCGGACUUGUUAUCAUGGACCAGCCAAAUUGGAUAUUCCGUUACUAUGAUAUCAGCAUAGUGAGGUUUGUGCAUUAUACGACUCAAGAGUAUUUUAUGUCUCGGCAAGAUGAUUUAUUUCCUGGCUUCGAGAGUAUCAUCGCACGCACCUGCCUGACCUACAUGACGUUCAACGACUUCGACAUACCCCGGACCUGCAUCCCAAAAAAGACGUAUACUACAUCCUUUUUUGGUUCUCCACUUGCUCUCCUUCUUCGGAACAUUGAAAAACAUAUGUUCCUUAACUACUCAUGCAGUUACUGGGGAUACCAUGCCAGCGGACUAGUGCAAUAUUCGAUAGAACGUGAAAUCAUUACAUUCCUCGGCGUAGCACGUCACAGAAAAGUUGCAGACACUCUUAGAACAAGACACAUACACUGGUCCCCUUCCCCUGUAGUGCCACCCUCUCCACUUCAAUUGGCUGUGCAUCAGGGAUUGCUGCACAUCACGGAGGUUCUUCUGGACCGGGGAGCUGACCCUCGUGAAGAGCUACCGUUGAUAGCGGCUGCAGAAGUAGGACAUCUUAAGAUUGUGAAGCUGCUCCUGUCGCGAGACGAUGUUGAUGUCAACCAGGCCGAUCCAAAGACGUUCCAUACACCCCUCAUGGAAGCAGCGUGUAAUGGUCAUGAAGAGGUCAUGAAGGCAAUCUUGGCCUCAAAACACAUGAACUCGUUGAAUUCAGUAGAUAAAGAUGGCGAUUCUGCACUGUUCCAUGCCAUUUACAAAAACCGAAGCAAAGUGGUCAGGAUUUUGCUUACGACACCGAGUAUCAAUACUACUUUUCCCAAUUCUUUCCGAAGAAUGAGGAAACGACAGAGGGUUAUUAUCGGGGCGUAACUGUCUUGAGCAGUGCCAAACUGUCUGGACAGGGGCUAUACUCGGGGCCAGCUGAUGUAAUAUCUGUUGAUUG